CGUUGAUGAAUUGCGGCAGUGUUCGCCGGACCGCUGCCGCGUCUUGAUGUGUCACGGCUUCACUCAGUAUUUUUAAUACGAUUGCUGCUCGGCCCAUAGUAAAGCCUGAAAAAUAUAUGUUGAAGUUAUUACGACAUUUCUGCAAUAUGAAGCCACCAACCAAUGCCGCUCUCCUGCACGAUGUUGACAUCCCAACCAAGAAAGCAACUUUUGGAAUGGGUUGUUUCUGGUCAAAUGACUCCCUUUUUGGAGUCACACCAGGCGUCAUCCGUACCAGAGUCGGCUACUCCGGUGGUACUACGAAAAAUCCUCAUUACAGAAACUUAGGUGACCAUACAGAAGUAAUAGAACUGCACUACGACCCAAAGACCAUCACUUAUGAAGACCUACUUGAGAUGUUUUGGGCGAACCAUGAAUAUGGACUUACCACAAAAUUGAAGAGACAGUACCAAUCCCUAAUAUUAUACCACGAGGAAAAACAGCAAGACGCGGCGGAGGCCUCAUACAAAGUUAUGCAAAAUCAGUGCAACGGGCAACUUCGGACAGAGAUUGCACCAGCGGGUCCCUUUUACCCAGCUGAAGAUUACCACCAGAAAUACAGAUUGCAAGGUCACAAAGAUUUGUGUCGUAGCCUUGGUCUGGAUUCUAAGAAACUACAAACGUCCCACGUAGCGGCCAGACUAAACGGCUAUUUGGUGGGAAUUGGCGGGAAAACGCAAUUUGAACAAGACAUAGUCCGACUGGGUUUGAACGAGAAACAAGCGGAAUAUGUGCGAAGAGAGUUCGAAAGAAACGAAGGAGGCGGUCUAGCUUGUUAAAACCUUCGUGGAACUCACAUAUAGCGCGGAGCGCUGGAAAGCAUAGACUAUAUAAUAUAUUUCGACGCAUUAACAUAUUAUGACCAUUACAUAUUUUUUUAAAUGUAUGUAAAAAAUAUUUUAAUACAUGAGUUUGUUUGAAUAGCGCAAACACGACUAUUGAUUUCAUGUAUUAGGUAUACAUAGAAAGUAUUAGUUUUAAAAUGUAUUUUUGUGAUAAUAUGCUAUAUUCACAAAACAAGAUUUAUUAAAGUCUAUUUUACAUAGGUUAAUAUGACGUAAAUCAAGUGUUUUAAGAUUGUGGCUUUAGUAAAACGAUUUGUUUUCAUGCAUUUUUGAAGGAAUAUGUUCUUUCAUUUUCAUUCCAUAGUCAUUUAUCUCAUUGUAUUAAGAUUUUAGGUAUGUUUCACGUUCCAUUAAUUUAGAGAAUUAUUAAAAUUAAUAGAUCAAUUAAAAAAUAAUUAUAAUAG